GGAAUUCUAGGGUUCGACUUGUACACUUCCCUUCUUUUUAUCACACUUGCAGACCGCCGCCAUGGACGACGAAGCUGAACGGUAUCGCUUGUACAAAGUCUGGAUCACCCUCAAACAGAUGUGCCAUGACCGUGGCUUUCGUGUUACACAAGAGAUGAUGAACAUGACCUUUGACACUUGGAACGAAAUUUACGGCGAAUACCCUCGAAAGGAGCUAUCGUUUCCCGUGCAAAAGGUGGACGACGACAACGACGGCUUGUUCGUCUUCUUUCCCGAGUCACCCGACGUCAAGGUGGCCGCCAUCAAGAGCCUGUACGAUCGUUUGAAAAGCGACAAUCUGCGACGAGCCAUCAUCGUAUACCAGCGCAAGGUGGCGCCUGUGGCCAAAUCGCAUAUCGACAUCUUGUUGAAGGAGGACCCACCGUACAUUGUUGAAACUUUUGCAGAGGCCGAGCUGGUCUACAACGUGACCCGCCACCAUCUGGUCCCACAUCACGAGAUUUUGAAGGAGAGCGAGAAACAGCAACUGCUGGAGCGCUACUGUGUGUCCGAGGACCGCCUGCCCCAGAUCCAGCCCAAUGACCCCGUGUGCCGCUACUUUGGCGCACAAAAAGGACAGGUAUUGCGCAUCGUCCGCAGCAGUCAAACCGCAGGCCGUUAUGUCACCUACCGCAUUGUCGCCGAUAUCCUUUAA